GUGCUUUGUGGUCCGGAAUUCCUCGCUGCAUAUCCAUCCGUUCGUUCAUUGGUGGUGUCUGCAUUUCUCAAUCCACUGCGAUCAGUCGGUAAUGCCAUGAAAGCUAUGCCCGACACACUGGCCGAUGGAUUUAACCGCAUCCUGACCGGUGGAAGCCUGUUGGAACCAGUUAGUAUAGGUACACGACUCACACCAGAAAGUGUGCCCAGGCGUUCCGACAGUUUUGAUACUAGUCGUAGUGUGUUGAGUGGACUGGAUUCGGGCAAGGUUGGGGACACCUUGGAUCCGGUAUGUGUAACUUGCUACCCCUUCUUCUUUUUGCAAUGGAAUGUUGUGCUUUCCCCUUUAACUUUUCCUAUUGUUCAUAUAAUAUUGGUUAUACAAUGGAUUUUCUGA